GCUGAGUCUGCUCCCAAAAAUGGUUGGGUGUACCUCUUCGUCCUCCUGCUCUUAAACCCACAUGGAGUUUCGUCUUUAGGAGGAUGCUGACUCCUCUAAGUGGCGAGCAAGUUUGUUCAUCGGGUGGAAAACACCUAACUCUCUCUCUCUCUCUCUUCUUGGUCCUUCAAUUUAUGGCCUUCUAUGAGCAAACUUGAUUGAACUUCCACAAUGGAGGUUUUGAUGUGCCAGGAGGCAAGGCAAAAAAGGGAAAGGGUCUUUCCGCUCUGACGUGCUUGCUUUUCAUUUUGUUUUUAUGGACCAAGAAGACUCUUUACUCUCUUUCUCUGUCUCUCUCUCUCUCAAUAUCCAAGCUUGCAAGUGCAACGACAACACUUGCCUUUCCACAGAACUUUCAAACUUUAGCAACAAGUAGGAGUGGUGGUUUCCCCCUCUUCCUAGUUCUGCUCCUCCUUAACAGCUUUUGAUCGCAAAACAGAGAAAAACAAGGUCUUCUCAAGAAAAGUGGAACAAGAGCCCAACCCAACCAAGCUUUGAAGGCCCAUCUGGAUUAGGGACAACAUCGGCUAGUGCCGCACAACCGAUCCCUGCGUCUCGUACAACCAUGCACAGACUUGGCCAAAACGUGGCUUGGACGGUCUUUGAGUAAAUUUGGCGGGACAUUCAAACGCUCGGACGCUGGACUAUCAUUGGCUGUGUCCUUUGUCGGGGGCGCACCUGCGUCAUCAUCAUGUCUUCCGUUCAUCCCGAGCCUCCGGCCAAAGAUCCACCCACGCCUCAUUCCACGCCCUUGAGGGGUCGAUCCAGGCCGCCCUUGGUGGCUCAGCAUUCAGUGGUGAGGAAGACCAUGACCAGCACAUCGAAACUGUUUCCACAAGAGAGCUGCACAACCGUGGCCGUUGGAGGUGAUACUUACACCAUAGUGGCCAGUCGGAAAUCCUCUGGGCAGAAGGUUGGGAGCAAUAACGUGCCGCUCAAUACCAAGAAUGUAGAGGAUUCAACAAAUCAAAAGCCACCGCCUUUUGUUACCACAGAUAACGGUGAGACGAUUCGAAUAUUUCGGCGGACCCGAUCUGGACGACCUCACUCGGCCUCAAGAGCAGAUAGCGUGGCCAUCAUGUCGUCAAGCCCGUUGACUGCCUCGGAGAUCCUGGACAGUCCCGGGGGGAUGAGUGCCUUGGGUCAGAGCUUGGGAGCUACUGAGGUGGACGAAGCGAGUUUCAUGCAAAUUGGACUCAUUCAGGGUGACUCCCAAACCGAGAGCGAGGACGAGAUUCUCAAAACUGAAGAACUGCCUGCUCCUGACACUCCAGCAGGCAUUCGCGAGGCCUUUUUGAAAUUAAAGCAAUUACUCUCGAAAAUGAAAGACUCCGCCAUCGAUCCCGAGACUCUCAUCUCCAACCUGGAGUACGUGACCGAGGUGGUCCAGGCUGUGGCGGCCAAGGCAGAAGAUGAAAACGAAGACGAUCUCUCCGAGCUGCAAUCCGAAGCUGUUCCCGAUGAGGUUCGAAAGUGGCUGGCCUCCACUUUCGCCAAACAGGAGCAAGUCACUCGAAGGUCAGAAGAGAGGCCUUCAUUCCGGUCAGUGGCCAACGCCAUACGAACCGGGAUCUUCAUUGAACGCAUCUAUCGGCGAAUGUCGAGCUCUCAACUCAUGAUCAUUCCGCCAGAGGUCCAAAAGGCCCUGAAGCUCUCCAACGAGUGGACUUUUGAUAUAUUUUCUUUGGCUGUCAAUUGCAAAGGGUCGCCUUUAAGAUUCAUGGGAUAUGAGCUCUUGAGUCGCCACGGCUGUUUACACAAGUACAAGAUUCCACCGUCUGUGCUGGAAACAAUGCUGGUCCACGUGGAAUUGGGAUACGCCAGCAAUGGAAACCACUAUCACAACCAUCUGCAUGCUUGUGACGUUCUCCAAACCACUCAUUACUUUAUAUCGGAAACGGGCAUUGCGAAUUGGAUGUCGGAUCUGGAAGUAUUCACCAGUUUGAUGGCAGCCAUCAUUCACGAUUUCGACCACAGUGGAACAACCAACAACUUCCAUAUCAACGCAGGCUCCAAUUUAGCCUUGCUUUACAACGACCGGGCGGUCCUCGAAAACCACCACGUGUCCGCAUUUUUUAGACUGAUCCAAGAAAACAAUUGUAACAUCUUUGCGAACAUGCAAAAGGCAGACUUCCGCGAGUUCCGCAACCUCAUUAUCGAAAUGGUUCUUCACACCGACAUGACUCAACAUUUCUCUCAACUUAAAGCCAUGAAAACCAUCCUCCAGGCCCACACCGGCGAACCCAGCACGGCCUUUAAACAGUGGAGAAAACUGAAGCACGGUCGGCUCAUUGCUGUGCCGGGUCCAUUACGGGAUCGAACAGUCAGCUUUGAUAAGACCAAGGUCUUGUGUCUUUUACUGCACUCGUGUGAUGUAUCGCAUCCGGCGAAGCGUUGGGACGUCCAUUGGCAAUGGACUGCCAGAUGCAUCGAGGAGUUCUUUGACCAAGGGGAUCGUGAGGCUGAACUCGGACUAGAAUAUUCUCCUUUGUGCGACCGACACAACACCAUGGUGCCGCAAUCACAGAUUGGUUUCAUUGAUUUCAUUGUCAGCCCCACUUUGAACGUCUUGGGCGACGUUUUGGAAACCAUCUUGAGGGGAAUGGAACAAGCCAAUAAGAAACCAGGCAAUCGCGAUGAUUCGACUGAGCAGCAGCUGGAAAAGGCUCCCCUACUCAAGCGGCCUUGGAUGGACAUCCUCGCUGUCAACAAAGAGAAGUGGCAAGCCAAACAUGAUGCAGGCGAACAAGGUAUCGAGCCUUCCGGAGCGCUAAGAGACCUAAGGCCGCAGUCUGUGACAUCCAUCACGGGGAAAUCGCGCCCUUGUUCGGCCGUCUCUUCCAAUAAUCCUCAGUCACGCAUGAGUGACCACGCGGAGGAAACUGAAGGCCACGACGAGCUCCACAUUCAAGAGAUAGAUGGCGAGGACGAGCCCGACGACAGCCAGGACAACCUAGAGCCCUACCAACGUCGAGGUCCCAUCUCGAUCAACAACAAUAAGAUCCUUUUGGAGAGCUCUCCACCUAAUCGCGAUACGAACCUCCAAGACGUCAUUGACGACAUCCCGAGUCAUGUGAUCUCACGCACUGGCACACCCGCCAAUUGGGACUUUGAUGACCGCGAAUGCAGUCUCAAAUCCUCUCCACCUCGGCCGGAUUCGGCGGAAAUCCAUUGCACUCCACCCCCAUUGCGAAAUGUUCCCAUAUCCGUUGAUCACCAUCUCAGGAAGUAAAAGACACCACCGCCCUCAUUCAAUUCCCAUUUGCAUUUAGAAGCGCACCACCAGCCUGAUGAUGUAUGUAUCCUCGUAAGGUAUUGCAACUCCUUUCGUUAUUUCUGGUCAUCGCAUUUCAUCGAGGACUCCAUGAACGUCGACCACGACGUCGUCGACGUCAACAAUAAUAGCAACGACAACAACUACAUCAACUACAUCAACUACUACUACUACGACGACGACGAUGACGACUUCUUUGACAACCACAUGAAGCACAAGACACACAAAUGUAGGUUCAAGGCGCAAAUGGACAAACCCCUACAAAUAAUUAUUACUAUUAUAUCAAUAUCAUGAUGAAUCCGCUCACUCUCCAACUACUUGUAACACAAAUCAUGAACCCUCUCAAAAGCACCUAUUACCACACACAAACCGUAAGAAGUAUAUGAAUAAUGAUAUAUUUAUGAAAAGCCUAAUGAAAAUAAUAACCCACGUUAGCGAUGA